CACAUGCAAGUGCGACACGACAGGGUUACGUCACAAACCCGAUGUGCUGGGGCGCUGCUGCAUCCAUCUGUAUUUGCGAUGGAUUUUUCCUCGACUUUAAGCUUCAACGCUCAAGCUUCCCGACUUCCAGCUGAUUUAGCAGUUCUACGUUACUUCAUCUCUUUGAAUGUGGUUUUACACUAUUUUCGCUCAGUGUCAGCCCUCGCCUUGCAUGCAACCUGCCGCCCCUCCACCCAGUCGGCCGUUUCAUUUCUGCUUGGAAAAAAUCCCGUGUUGAACACCCGGCAGCGUCCUCGGCAAUUCACGGAAGAAAACGACUACACUUGUCGCGUCCUCCAUUGAAGUAUUGCACACCAUUUGCUACAAUCAUACAAACUGAUUCCGAAUACUUCCACUGUGAAUCGGCUGGCGCGCUCACCAGUGUCGUCGCGAACUCUGGAGUCAUUCUAACAUCGAACCGAGUUCCUGCCCCACUGCCCAACAUGACCAUAUUUAUAGCUUCACUCUUUCUCCCUAAAACAGUAUACUUCAAGCUGCCAGACGCUCCACCGAAGGGAGGACGUCUGAACCGUGAGACAACGGGGGCGGGGCCAGUCGCAAAGACGAGACCUUCUCUCGCGGUACGCCCGAGUCUAUUUGCGCCUGGUCCGGUCGUGACACCACCCGACACUCCUACCGAAGAAAACAAUGUGGUUGUCAUCGACGAUGGUCCGUUCGCGAAUGAGGAUGGGGCGCGAAUUCAGCUUCCAGGCGACUACAGCAGUAGCGACAGCAUUAGUAGCAGCGACAGCAGCAUCGACUUUGGUCCUGCAGACAAAGAGUCUCCGAAAUGGGGCUCUCGGUCCAAUCAGCCCAAAUCCAGAGCCAAUUCUCCUCCGCCCUCUUCGCUGCUCGAACGCACUAGGAUCGUGCAAAAGGCGAAGGAGAUGGGCCGUCAGGGUGUGACUCAACCUCGAACCAACAGAAGCGACAGCCAUGAUAGAGUCUUCGCAAGUGCCAACUGGCGCAUUGUGAAUGCCGACCAAGGCAAUGGUGGUUUGCGUAACGCCGCAGAUGCGGCAGCACGUGACGGGUAUGAGGAAGAGCACACUUGGAUUGGAACCUUGGGCAUGCCGACGGACGCCUUGGAGGGCACCCAGCAAAAGGAAGAUAUACACGACAAACUGUGGACCGAGCACAACAUGCUGGCCGUAUUCUGCUCCGACAAGGACUUCGAUGGCCAUUACUCGCACUUCUGCAAGCAGAUCCUGUGGCCCGUCUUCCACUACCAGAUGCCUGAUAACCCCAAAAGCAAGGCUUACGAAGAUCACUCAUGGCAAUUCUACGUCAACGUGAACCAGGCAUUCGCAGAUAGGAUUGUGCAGAACUGGAAACGAGGCGAUACUGUGUGGGUCCACGACUACCACCUGCUACUAGUCCCUGGUAUGGUUCGAAAGAAGUUACCAGAUGCCAAGAUUGGACUGUUCCUCCAUGUUGCCUUCCCUUCCUCGGAGCUUUUCAGAUGUCUAGCUGUCCGAAAGCAGCUCUUGGAGGGCAUGCUUGGUGCUAACUUGAUUGGGUUCCAAAUCCACGAGUACACUCGACACUUUCUCCAGACGUGUAGCCGACUUCUGAGUGUCGAGGCUACCCCAGACGGUAUUCAACUGGAUGAACGGUUUGUCAAUGUCAUGAACCACGCUAUUGGCAUCGAUCCUCUCAAUCUGAAUACCCAUCGCGAAGAUCAGGAAGUCCGCAAAUGGAUUAACAUCAUGAAAGAACGGUAUCAAGACAAGAAGAUUAUCGUCGCCCGCGACAAGCUUGACCACGUCCGUGGCGUGCGGGAAAAGCUGCUCUCCUAUGAACUGUUUCUUAACAAGAACCCUGAAUGGAGAGACAAGAUCGUUCUUAUUCAAGUUGCGCUUUCGACAAGCGAGAAAACCGACCUUGAUGCGGCCGUCGGUGAUAUCGUAACAAGAGUCAAUUCGUCAUGGGCCAGUCUAGCAUACCAGCCCCUGGUGUAUCUCAAACAGGACAUCCCUUACUCACAGUACCUGGCUCUGUUGACCAUUGCGGAUGCUCUGAUGAUAACUAGCCAACGCGAGGGUAUGAAUCUGACAUCUCAUGAGUUUCUCGUAUGCCAAGACGGAAAACAUGAUGAGAAGAAGCAUGGAUCACUCAUUCUCUCCGAGUUUACCGGUACCUCAUCUCUCUUUGGUGGCAAUGAACUGUCUAUCAAUCCUUGGAGUCACAGACAAUGCUCUGAAGCCAUCAAAAAAGCGAUAGAGAUGUCGGAUGAGGAGAAGGAGUUGCGCUGGGAGAAGCUUCACGGUGCGGUCAAGCAUCACACCGGCGGACACUGGUUCGCUGAAUUCAUGGCACAAUUGAAUCGAGCCUACGAUGAGCAACAUCGUCAUGAUCAGACCUCAGUCCCGCGGUUGAAUAUGCCAGCCCUCAGCUCUAGAUACAGCAAGAGUCAACGACGACUAUUCUUCUUGGACCUGGAGGGCACCUUGAUCCCCUACAACCCGAUGAGUUCGAUGAUACCUAUGAACCCUCAACGAACGCUUGCUGUCCUCAAUGACCUGGUUGCCGAUGGCCGCAAUUCCGUUUACGUCAUGUCUGGGCGGCGGCCCGCUGAGUUGGAUCGGCUUUUCCGCCUGGUUCCUAAUUUGGGCCUCAUCGCCGAGAAUGGGUGUUUUGUCAAAAAUUCGGAGAGUAGUCGAUGGACGGAGAUUGCUGACCACGAACUGGUGACAGCGUGGAAGGAAUCCGUGAAGAACAUCUUGCAAUACUACCUUGAGAGAACGCCAGGUGCCGAGAUCGAGGAUCGGCAGUGCUCCCUGGUAUUCCACUACAAGAACGCCGAGGACUAUGCGAAUGCUGAGCGACAGGCCACUGACUGGAUUGGCCACAUCAAUGAGUCUUGCGAGAAGCAACGGGUCCACGCCAUGCAGCUGGAGGACUGUGUCGUCGUAGAGCCCAUCGACUGGACCAAGGAGACUGCGGCGGUGAAAGUCUACAAUGAUCUCACGAAAAGUACGACCGCUGCGGACAAAAUCGACCCUGUUGAUUUUGUGAUGGUCAUGGGCGAUGGACGAGAGGAUGAGAAGGUCUUUAAAUGGGCGAAUGGCCUGGCCGACAAGGCUGAGGUGGUCACAGUCAGCCUUGGCAACCGCAAUACCGAAGCAUCGGCAACUUUGACCCAAGGAGUCAGCGGUGUUCUUGUCGCUCUACAGAAACUUGCGAGUCUGUCGUAACGGGCGAGUAAACUGACAAUGCCCACGGCGCGUCCCCAGUGUCGAUUAACCUCCCAAAAUCUCAUCUCUUAUUCCUCGACGGCAUUUCGAAUUGAAAAUAUUCGGCCAACAUGCUCCAACAACACUAUGGGGUAUAGAUCGAUAUGGUACCGACCUCUCACAGCGAACAACAGCCCCCGCUCUUCUUCCUUUUUUCGACGCAGGCGCGUUUUGUUAUUAUGUACACUUACAAGUACCCCCUCCACGAGAAGCAUGCACGGCGUUGGAUUGACAACAGCGGGUGUAAGCCUGCAUAUAUAUAUAUUUUUCUGAUACCGCGUGUCACUCGCGUUGGUUGUUUCACGAGUCAUGAAUAGAAGUAGUCAAUGUUAGCAUUUUCAUACCUACGUUUCGACUGUUGAGGCUGAGGUGCUCACGCUUCCUCGGAUGGCUAUACUGCCAGUACUGUGCUCAUUCGGC